CCCAAAACCUUUGGCAAUAUAGUGUAUAAAUACGAACAGUUAAGUAGUAACAGUUAAGUCAAAGUGAUUCUGAAGCUUUUACAAUGUUAUAAUCUAUUAAAACAAAUGAUUGACCGAUGAAUAAAAGAAAAUCCAUCCCUUUAAAAAUACGUCUCAAGAGGCAUCAGAAACAAAACUCACACAUGUGGAGAAAAUAUUUACCCGAAUGUUGCUUACCGAAAGCAACAAAAAACUUUCUUCUGUCCACUUUCCCCAAGAGCAUCGUUCUUAUUCGUGUGCACUCUCAGCUUUCAAAGAACAGCGCAUUCAUGUCUGAGGCGUUGUUCACCCCCACAUGCCCUUUCAGUCCGUCUCGCUCGCUCUCUCACUCACGCACAGCUCGGCCCAGCUCGUGACUAACCAUCUUCAGCUCCUUCGCUGACCAACAGCUUCUGCUAGGAAGCCUACGAUGAGCUCAGGAGAGAGUCAGCGAAGGAAGAACUGCGGCUCUGCACUCCUUCUCACCCCCUGCCUCUGGAAAUCCAGCAGAUGGAGCAGGAGGAGACGACCUGCCGUUACUGUGGCGUGAGCUACCUGAUCCUGCACGAGUUCCAGCGGCUGCAGGAGCGCCUCAGGGAGGUGGAGAGAGAGCUGGAGAGAGAGAGAGGGAGAGUGGAGAGAGAGAGAGACAGCUGGAGAGAGAGGGAGAGAGAGAGUGUGGAGAGAGAGAGAGAGAGCAGAGACAAGCUGCAGCACUCACACCUUCAGCUGGAGGAGCUCACAGCAGCCAAUCAGCUCUACAAGGACAGAGUGAAGGCUCUGACACUGCAGGUGUCUCAGGCAGACAGCAAGCUGGUAGACUUGAGGACGGAGAACAAGAAGACGCGAGAGGAGCUGGAGAGUGAGCUUAAAUGCAGUGUGCAACUCAGGUCAGUGUGUGAGCGACAGCGUGUUCUGCUGCAGGAUGCUGGGCCUGUGCUGCAAUGUGUUGCUGCAGAGCUGCGAGAGGUGAAAGAGGAUCUCUCUCUGCUCUCACAGGACCAGACUACAGCACUGAUACUGCAGCACUGCUCUACUGCGGCUUCUGAGCGUGUCGUUCUGCAGCAGGAAGUGACCCGGGCUGAGGAGGAAGUGGGAAAGCUCCAGCAGGAGAUCUGGGAGCUUCAGGAACGUCUGCAUGUGAGUGACCUGGAGACAGAGACGCUGAAGAACUGCAUCCAGAACCAGGAGCUUCUCCAGAACCAGAACCAACAGGCUCUGAAACAGGAAGUGGAGAGCUUGCAGGAGGAGCUGCAGAAAAGUCACAGUGAGAGGGCGGGGGUGGAGAGACUUCUGGAAAGCAAAAGGAAAGAGGAAGAGGGAAGAAGCUCACAUCUGCAGCAGCAAUGUGACGAGCAGAGUGCCACCAUACUGAGUCUGACUCGAGACCUGAGGGAAAAGGAGGUGAGCUGGUUGUCAUGCCAACACAGAUGUGAGUCCCUGCAGCAGCAGCUGUUGACGUGGAAACGGAAGGAGGCGGAGACGAGGCGGGAUCUCGAAGGAGCGAUAAGGGAGGGUCAGAAGAUAAGAGAUGAGAGGGAGGCGCUGAUGCAUGCUCAGACAGAAGAGCUGCAGGAGAUGGAGGACACUUUCAGGAGAAGACUGGAGCUCGCUGAGGAACAGGGGUCAAAGUGGAGGAGAGAUGCUGCUCUAGAGCUUGACAUCGAGAGACAGAAAAACGAACAGCUGAUUCAAAAGUACCAUCAGCUACAGGACAAGUUGCCCACUCUGGUGCAGUCUGCCUCACGGGAGCUGAAGGAGGAGGUGUCAGCGCUGGAGGCGCGGCUGCGAGAGCGUGAAGAGGAGUUGAAGUGCGAGCGAGAGGAGGCUUCAGCGCGAGAGGGACGACUCCUGCGAGAGCAGCAAGCAGAGGUGGAACAUCUCCAAACAAAACUACAGGAGCGUCACCAGGAGGCGCUGGAGCUACAGAGAGCACACAGAGACCUCCUCCAGCUCAGAGAGGAAAACUCCACCCUACAUCAGGAGAACAGUCUGCUGCAGGAGACGGUGAGACGGGAGUGUGAGGAGAGAGCCGAUCUGACCGCUGCCCUGUCCCUGGCCAGAGAGCAGCUGCUGGGUGUCAGACAGAUAGCGGUGAACUCCUCCAUCGCCCGCAGCUCUGCCACAUCCUCCCUGCCCAGCCUGAGCGCGGGACACGGCCGUGACGCCGUCACCGGGGACAGGAGCACAGCGUCGUGGCACGGAAACUCCCGCCAGCUGCUGCCCGCUCUGCCCCGACUCGCCACAGAGAGACCUGCCCCUCUCACCAAGGCACGCCAUCGCAUCAGCAGGAAGGACAAACGCUCCUGCUGAGGCAGAGGCUCUCACAGGUCUGUGUGUGUGUGUGUGUGUGUUCUUGUUUAAAUGACUUUUUCUAAGGAAUUAUCCAUCUCUAGCCUGUUUCACACUGCCGCAGAUGAAAUGAUCAUUACCCUGCGCCCUAGCGCCACACUUUUACACAAAUUUAGGUCGAAUUCAACAUGGCUUCCUGCUCACUACAGAUGCGCACUACGUAGGGGGUAGCAUAACGGCGUAGUAGAUAGUGCUCUGAUGGUGACAUCACUCUCUCUGAAACAUUUUAAUACAUCAUUAAAGAGCCUCACUGCAAGAAGGGCCUGGGUUCAAAUCCCGGGGUCGAACAGGCAGGGACCUUUCUGUGUGGAGUUUGUUUUUUACUCCGGGUUUACUCCGGGUAGUCCGGUUUCCUCCCACAGUCCAAAAACAUGUACGUUAGGUUAAAUGGUAAUUCUAUAUUGCCCAUAGGUGUGUGUGUGUGUGUGGUUGUCUGUCUAUGUGUGUGGCCCUGUGAUGGACCUGUCCAGGGUGUACCCCUGCCUUUCACCCAGUGUGUACUGGGAUAGGCUCCAGCAGACCCCUGUGACCCUAAUUAGGAAUAAAGUGGGUAUAGAAAAUGGAUGGAUUAUGUGUGAAUAAUGGAUCCUAUAACUGUAGCUAAAAUAUCUCGACCAAA